CCGCGAUAUCGUGAGUGUGAAGCGAGAAGCUGAGUGAACAGAUGUCGCACAUCAAACGAGUCGAACUUUAUAACAGUUUGCGUGAGAAAUAUAUCACACGUUUUGAUUUGAGUUAUAUUAUGAUUAUUUGACGGAAAUAAGUUACAUAGUUGAUUUAAUUUAGUGAGAAUUGUACUGUAACUUGAUGCGCUAGGCAAAUGCAUCUUAUGUAUCUUUUUUAUUCGCAUUUGUGUUAAGUUAUAUGUAAAAAAAAAAAAAAGGUUUUUGUAUUUUUAGUUUUACAAAGGACAAAGCAUCCAGUUAACACGGGAAGCUCUUCAGAGAUUGGCAAGCAGUCAUUGUUAGCUCUUUAGUUGUUCAUGACUAAAUACACUUUCACUUCUGCACAACCUAUAUGAUUUAUUUAUGCAUGGUAAUAGCAAACCACAAAGGGUGGGUCAUUAGCUUUACAUAAGAUGACAAUAAGCUCUGUACUUUAACAAAUUAAUAUUACUCAAAUAGCUUUCCACAAAAAUUCUCUAAAAUGCAGACACGCCCUUUCCAAUUUCUCAACUUACAGUAGCUACUCUAGUAUCAUUGAGAAUUCUGGUUUCUCACGGUUACAUACAAUGUUGUUUGGCCAUUCACGUGGACGUAACUGGUGUCUACUCGUAUCAGACUGCAUUUGAAGGCUGUAUUUAUUCUAAAGUGUUAAUUAAUGGACAAACAACACCAACUCAAGUUUCAGUCACGUACGAACUUAUUGUACUCUACCUUGUACCUGAAUAGCCCAUUGUCUUAUCAGCACGAUGACUGUGCACUACUGCACAUAUUAUAAACUCAUAUUCUAGGUUAAUAAGUAUACCUGACAUAUGAUUGAGGGAGACUUGAGUGAUCACACACACACACACUUUAUCACAGGUAAUCAUGAGACUCGUCUGUUUCCUUUCUCUGCUAACUGUGCUCAGCAGCGUAGAUUGUGGAAAUAUUUUGGUCUGGCCUGCUGAUUGGAGUCAUUGGAUAAAUCUGAAAAUAGUGUUGGAAACAUUGAUGGACAGAGGACAUGGUGUAACCGUUCUGCUGCCAGACACUUCUAUGUUCAUGAAAGCCAAAGAAUCAGACCGCUUCUCCUACCUGCCCUUUAACAUGUCCAUGUCUUCUAAGGACAUAAAUGAUUUCUUUGAGGAACUUCUACACUUCUCGAUCUAUGAGAUGGAUGAGUUAAACCUACUACAGAUUUCAAUGAAAUUCUACAAGCUUGUCUCCAAAAAUGUGGAUUUGGGUCUUUCAUACUGCAAUGACAUUCUCACAUCUCCAGGGUUGGUGGACAAACUGCGGCAUGAAAAAUUUGACGUAAUUCUGACUGACCCGAUCUACCCAUGCAGCGAAAUAGUGGCCGAACAGCUGAACAUUCCCUUGGUGUACACGUUACGGUGCUCCAUCGCUAAUUCUGUAGAGCGGAUGUGUGGUCAGUUACCGGCUCCACCAUCAUUUGUUCCUGGAACCAUGAGUAAUCUCACAGACAAGAUGAGCUUUACAGAGCGGAUCAUUAGCAUGCUCUUCUACCUUUCUCAAGAUGCUUUAGCCAAUUUUGUGUGGAGAAAAUUCGACAACUACUACACUGAGUAUUUAGGACGUCCCACUUCAUUUUGUGAGAUGAUGGGUAAAGCUGAUAUCUGGUUAAUCAGAACUUACUGGGACUUCGAGUUUCCUCGGCCAUUCCUACCCAACUUCAAAUACGUUGGAGGGCUUCACUGCACCCCUGCCAAGCUGUUACCCAAGGACAUGGAGGAGUUUGUGCAGAGCUCUGGUGAUGAUGGGAUAGUUGUGUUCACUUUGGGAUCCAUGGUAAAGAACAUGACCAAAGAGAGGAGCAAUAUGAUCGCCUCUGCAUUAGCACAAAUACCUCAGAAGGUCUUAUGGAGAUACUCUGGAGAGAAGCCAGAUACUCUUGGUGCAAACACCAGAAUCUAUGACUGGAUCCCUCAGAAUGAUUUAUUAGGUCACCCCAAAACCAGAGCGUUCAUCACUCAUGGGGGCACUAAUGGCAUAUUUGAGGCCAUAUAUCAUGGUGUUCCAAUGGUCGGGAUUCCCUUGUUUGGUGAUCAGCCUGAUAACUUGGCCCAUAUGAAGGUCAAGGGGGCUGCUGUUGUCAUGGAUGGCAUUAAAAACAUGCAGACUCAAGACCUGGUGGACGGACUCAACGCUGUCAUUAACGACCCCUCGUAUAAAGAGAAUGCCAUGCGUUUGUCCAGGAUUCAUCAUGACAGACCAAUGAAGCCUUUAGAUGAGGCAGUGUUCUGGAUAGAGUUUGUCAUGCGUAAUAAAGGUGCUAAACACCUGCGUGUGGAGGCCCACAACCUUACCUGGUACCAGUACCACUGUCUGGAUGUGUUCGCUUUUCUCAUCACUAUAGUGACUGUAGUCCUCUACAUCUCCUUUAAGAUGUGCAAAUUCUUCAUAAUGCGUUGCUGUUUCCGAUCAAAGCGUAAAAGCAAAAAAGAGUGAUUAGACUUCUUUGCCCUAAACAUUCUGUCUCUCCACCCUAGUGGUAUAGGUUUCAUGUCAACAAAAUCACCCUUGCAAUAACCGGGAGUUCAUUGCAAAUUCACCACUGAUCAUUUUCACAUGCAAAUAACAAGUGGCAAGUCUUUAUGCCAGACCUCUAGCUGUUUUGUAAGGGCUACUCCCAAGAAUACAAAAUUCAAGCCUAAGUACUAAUAAUAGUCUGUCAAUUAUAUCUAUAUAUACAUCUGUCUUUGUUUGUAUGUUUGUGUAUACAGUAGGGUCCAAAUGUCUGAGACCACUAGUGAAAAUGCUUUUGUUUUGCAUUCUUCUUAUGUACUAAAUUGUUUUUUCAUUACGAAUUAUAUUAUCAUUUUAAUGAAAAGUUUAAUUAAAAAUAGUACAUGAAUUGCAUAAUUUGGUAUUUUGCUUUAAGGACAGCAUGCACUCGAGCUGACAUGGACUCCACAAGUUUGAACAUAACCUGAUGAUCAUGUGAUUCUAGCAUUAUUUCAGAUUUGAGUGUUCAAAAGAGCAUCUUGUGUGCUUUAACGGACACAGGGAAAUCUGACCCUUUGUACAAAAGAGUUCAAAUGCUCAAGGAUGGCUUACAAAUGUUCUUACACGUUUGAUUAGUGACCUAGAAAUAGUGCAGCAUCUUAAAUAUUUAAUUUUACUCAACUUUUAUUUGUUUAAAAAAAAAAAAAAAAAAACAUUCCUAUGCAUCUUAGGAGGUUGUUUCCCUUUCCAUUGUUGCCUUUAAACAAGUAAGGAACUACUUUUGUAAAGCAGCUUUUGAUCUAUAUUGUGAAAAGCACUAUGCAAAUAAACUUGAAUCAAAUUAA